ACCUUUUCUUCAAAUUACUACACUAAAUUUUACCUACUUUUUACAAUUACCACCAUUUUCGUUUUUCAAUCCAAUAAUUCAUCGUCAAAAACCCAAAUCACCUCUCUCCUCUCUCUGAUUCUUCCACUGUUCAAUCAUUCUCCCCAAUGUCUUGUUGGUUCUACUCACUUGUUCUUCAAACGCCAUAACUUUUUUAUGCUGUUUCUUACAAUUUCCGAGAUGGAUUGAGUGAUCCCACUUAUCAAGAACAUCUGUUCUUUAAAACCCAGGACAAGAAGAUUUUCCCGAUCGUUGAUUCAAUCAGAUGGAUUCUCCGGUGGCCGGAAACAACCAUCAAAGCUUAAGCAGAACUAGAACAAUGGAGAAAAGAGAUGAUACAUCGUUGCAUAUUGCAGUGAGGGCAGGAGAUGUAGAUACAGCUAUGGAGAUUCUAAGUGGCAAAGAUGAACAAGAACUGAAGGAAUUGUUGUCAAAAACGAAUCAAUCAGGGGAAACCCCUCUUUAUGUUGCAGCUGAAUACAGCUGUGUUGAUUUGGUGAAAGAGAUGAUCAAGUAUUACGACUCCGAGGCUGCCGGUAUCAAGGCGAAGAACGGCUUCGAUGCCUUCCAUAUCGCUGCCAAACAAGGAGAUCUUGAGGUUUUGAAGGUUCUUAUGGAAGCCAUAUCGGAGCUUUCAAUGACAUUCGAUCAAGCAAACACCACGGCAUUGCACACUGCUUCUGAACAAGGCCAUAUCGAGGUGGUCAAGUUUCUCUUGGACAAAAAUUGCACCAUGGCCACUAUCGCUAGAAGCAACCUUAAAACCGCGUUGCAUUCUAGUGCACGAAAGGGUCACUUGGAGGUUGUAAAAGCGCUUCUGGAAAAAGUCCCGGAAAUUGCCACUCGAGCCGAUAAGAAGGGGCAAACGGCUCUUCAUAUGGCGGCUAAGGGACAGAACGUUGACAUCAUUAACGAACUUAUUGCAGCUGAUAACGGAUUGAUAAAUAUGGUCGAUAAAAAGGAGAACACCGCAUUGCAUAUAGCUACACGAAAGGGUCGAAAAGAGAUUGUUCUGGCACUGCUAAGUCACAAGGAAAUAAUCAACAAAGAAGCCAUUAACAAAUCUGGAGAAACAGCCCUCGAUACUGCUGAGAAGUUUGGACAAUCGGAAAUCGCAACCAGCUUACGUGAACACAGUGUCGUGAAUGCGAAAUCCCUCAAAAAGACACCUCCAUUGACCUCCACGGCUCGAGAACUCAAACAAACUGUAAGUGACAUCAAACACGAAGUUCACGAUCAGCUCGAACACACACUUAAAACUCAUAAAAGGGUUAAAGGGAUCGGAAAACGUAUAAACAAGAUGCACCACGAAAGCCUCAAUAACGCAAUCACUUCCACCACCGUUGUGGCGGUUUUGAUAGCCACGGUCACCUUUGCGGCCAUAUAUCAGUUGCCCGGCCAGUAUGCCGAUGACACAAAAACAAAACCGCCAAAUACUAGUUUAGGGGAAGCGAACAUAGCUCCGAACCCUGAGUUCAUUGUUUUCCUUAUCUUCGACUCUCUUGCCCUCUUCAUAUCGCUAGCGGUGGUGGUGGUUCAGACGUCGAUCGUGGUGGUGGAGAGGCGGGCAAAGAAGCAAGUGAUGGCGGUUAUUAACAAGCUAAUGUGGUUAGCCUGUGUUUUUGUUUCCGUAGCGUUUCUUGCACUUUCGUUUAUAGUUGUCGGAAACGAGAAAUGGUUGGCAAUAGGAGUGACGGUUAUUGGAUCGGUGACGUUGGCGUCAACCCUCGGAACGAUGUGUUAUUGGGUGAUUAUGCAUCGAAUCGAGGCCAAUAAUUUGAGAAGUAUUCGCCGGUCAGCGAGGAGUAGCAAGUCGCUCUCGGGGUCCGUUUCCGUACACUCGAGUUCGGAGAACGACGACUUCAAGAAACUUUACGCUAUUUGAUUCCGAAUUUCGGAUAACGGAAUUUAUUCCACCAUUUCUGAAAUGAGUGAUUGACUUCCUGAAUCAUUCGUAUUUGACUUCUCAUCGCAAGCAAACCAUCAUUCUUGCAGUUUGCAAGAAUGAACGAUUUUGGACAAAAUGUGUCAAAUACAAAGGUCGACUUUGUAUUAUGGUUUCAUACUUUGUCCAAAAUCGUUGCUUUUUGCAAACAAAAGUGCUUAUUUUCGUUCAUCUUUUACACACGAAUGACUGGUCAGUUUGGAACGAAAGUCAAGGUCGAUGUUUCGAGAAACCGAUCACUCUUUCGGCUAUCUUUUUGCAACUUAUUUCGAUACUUAUAUCAAACCCGCUAUCUGUUCAUAUGUAUAUAUAUUUGCAGGUGAUAUGUAAUAUAGCAAAGAGUUGCCAUAUAUGUCUUUUUA